AUGCUGGUCAUGGAAAACGGGUGUGCUUUCUGCCUACAGAAUUCCAGCUUUCACUUAACUGCGAGACAGUCAGACAGCGAGAGUGUGAGACAGCGUCCUCCACCCAGCGCAGCCUCAGCCGCAGCGCCAGCCUCAGCUAAAGGCCGACAGCAAGACCUAGCUCGCAGCCAGGAACAGGUGGAAUAUCAGCAGCAUCACCAUUCACCCGGCGUUGUUAUCUAUUUAGGUAUGCAGCUGCCAUUCUCUUUUCUUUUCUACUUACAGUACAUAUUAUGGACUCUAAUUACUAGUUAG